AUGACGUCGUUACUACAAUCGCUGGAGGAAGCGGACGAAAAACUAGCAGAGUCCAUAAUCGACAAGGAUGACCCGGACAUUUUUGCCGAAAACAAUAAGGGACAAACCGCUCUGCACUUGGCGUCUGCCUGCGGAUUUCAACAUAUCGUAGAUGUCUUGUUAAAGAAAAACAGCAGUGUAUGCUCCAGAGAUUUUAAUGGGAACACUCCACUGCAUUUGGCUGCACAUCAUGGAAACAUAUCUGUGAUUAAAAGUCUACUUUCACAACAGCCACAAGUUGCUUACGAACAAAACAAUAGUGGAGAUACUCCAAUGCAUGUUGCAAGUCGUUAUGGAUAUUUAGAGUGUGUAAUGAUAUUGGCAGAACACACUAUCACAGCAGAUAUUGUAAACAAAAAUCUGGAUACACCACUGCUUUUAGCCAUUGCAGAGAAACAUGAAAAUGUUGCGAUAUACUUAUUACACAAUGCUCCUGGAAAUUUAGAAAUGUUCAAUAAUGAAGGCAAUGCUCCAAUUCACGUUAUUGUACAAGAAGGUUUAAUAAAUUGCGUAAAAACAAUAAUACAAUUGGGCUACAGUUUUGAGUAUCCAAACGGUCAAGGUUUAUAUCCAUUACAUAUAGCAGCCAGGCAUGGACAUGUUGAAAUUGUUAGGUGCUUAUGCAUAGCCGGGAGUGAUCCUCAGCAGCGUAGUGCAGAUAAUAUUAAACCUGAAAUCACUGCUAUAAAAAAUAAUCAAAAAGAAAUAGUGUCUAUUUUUACUAAAUUAAAAACUAAUAGUGCAAGGGAAAACUAUAUUCAGCAACUAUUAAUAAAAAAUGAGUACAUACAGAACACAAAUUUAUUAUUUUUUGGACAUUCCAACGCUGGCAAGUCAUCAAUUAUACGGUUAAUGAAACUAGGUUUAUUUUCAAUACUACUUGACAAGUCACGAAAUACAUUAAGAACAAUUAACAACAACAGAACUAUUACAUCGCAAGGUCAAUGCAAUAAUGGAAACGAAAUAAGUCUAACAGAAUAUAAUAUGUCAAAUACUUCAAACUAUAAUAAGCAUGACGGUACUCGGGGUAUAGUAGUUCAAAAGGAAAAAUUAUCAGGUAUCAAUGAAUGCACGUUUUGGGACUUUUCUGGAGAAGAUACUUAUUACAACUCAUAUCAUCAUAUAAUUCAAAAUACGCCCAACAAAAUAAUUGUAAUUGUUUAUAAUGAGCAACAAUCUUCAAUGGAAAUUUUGAAAACUGUCCGUUUUUGGUUGAGUUUUGUUCAAGCAAGACUUCAAAUUACUGAACUAAUAAAUAAAAAUGGUGUUUCAAAUCAUUUAGUGCCAUUGUUAAUAGUUGCAACACAUAAUGGUCAAAGGAUGUGUUAUACAUCUGAUAAUUUAAUUAAAACUGUAAAAAGUGAAUAUGGACAUAUAUUUCAAAUAUAUGAACAAUUAAUAUUUUUUGAUAUAAUGGGAGUUGAUUCGUUGAGUAUUAAAAACUUAAAAGAAGCCAUUAGCUCUUGUAAAAAACAACUUCACUAUGGUUACUACCAAGGUGACGUUUGUGGUAUAAACAGUUUGAACAAAUUAAAUAAGCUGUCCUUCUUCACUCGUGGCGGUUAUAAAUUACUUGAUGAUCAACCUAGGGAAAACUAUUAUAACACUAAAUCAUCAAUAACAAGAAUUAAGAAUAUUCCACGCAUGAGUGGUUUUUGUGAAGCUGUACAACAUUUUCUGCCUAAGCUAAGAAAAAUUGCAAAUCCCUUUCCAGUUUUGUCUUGGAAGACUUUUUGCGAUACUAUUCAUCUUGAAGUAAACCCGUUAGCUACUAAUCAACAUUUAAACAUAUUACUAAUCCAACUACAAAAUUUGGGAGAAGUUCUAUAUUUAAAGUCAGGCUUACAACCAGAUCUGAUUGUUAUAUCUCCAAAUUGGUUUGGAACAAGUAUUAUUGGUACACUGUUUUCUGUUAACUUUUUAAUCAGUCAGACACGUAUGUCUGGUUCAUAUCAAGCAAAUGAUUUCCAAAUUAUGUUUCCUCAUUAUGAUGCCAUGUCUGUUCUUCAGUUACUAGAAACCAUGAAAAUAUGUGUUCAAUAUGAUAAUGAUGGAGAUAUUGAGUACGAAUUCCCAGGGUAUAUUAUAAGAGAAAAAGAUGAAACAUUAUGGAAACCUUGGGGUAAAAGUGUUGAUAGUUGCUAUGGUGGCAUUCGACUGAGUCCUCAACCACAGUGUCUAGAACUUUUAACAUCAAUUUUUUUUCGAAUACAAGUAGAACUACGAUAUCUACAAAACAAUUAUUAUGAAGAUAUGGACAGUUAUUUAUAUCAAUGGUAUGGUGGUACUAUAUUGUGUAUAAGCAAUAUUGAGUGCAUGGUAUCCCUUGAACAAGAUGGUUGUAUUGAAGUAAAAAUACGUGGUUCAAAAUCAUCAAGUUAUACCUGCUUUUAUUUUCUAGAAGAAAUAUUGCACUCCAUUAAUCUAGUAUUAAUUGAAACAUGUCCAGGAUUAAAAGUAAUCAAAGAAUUUCUUAGCCCUUCAGAUUUGUCUGAACAUUAUGCAAAGCCCCGCAGUUAUGGUGUUGAUGAUAUAUUCUAUGCAGUAAGAAAAAAUUCUGAUUUCAAAUCUCAUGUUAUUGAUCCUGAAAAAACUAAAAAAGAAUGUAUAUUGGACAUAAUUGCUUUUGGGUGUGAUCAGGUGGAAACCAUGUUGUUAAGUACAGAAAAUUUGCCACUAACAGAAUUGAGUAUCAUGUGUCGACAAGAAUUAAGUCGUCUUAUUGAUCCUGUGCAUCCAUUAGGUAGAGACUGGGUAUUAUUUGCUCUCAACAUUGGAUUGGAUUCAAAAGUACAACUAUUUGACAACGGACCAACCAGUCCCUUUUUAGCACUGAUAGAUACAUGGACAACUGUUCAACCUGCACCAACAAUUGGGAUGUUAAUUGAUCGAUUAACUGAAUUAGGCCGUGAAGAAGUAGCACUGGUUGUAUUGCAGCACGUGCAAUGUUAUAGAAUAAAUAUCAUUGACAUUAACAGCUGUUCAGUAGCAAUAAAUCAAUGAUAAUGCAA